AUGCUCCGUGUGCUUGGCCAGCGUCUCCUGUCCCGCACAGGCUGCGCCCAAGCCCCGCGUUUUAUCCAUGCAUCAGCCGUCGCACUGCACGGUGACAUGUCCAAGUUUGCCAACAAUCCGACUGUGCACAUCAAAUUCAAGCUGGCCGACGACUCCAUCAAGGAGGUGGAAGCGAAGACGAGCAUGUCUCUUCUGGACGUAGCGCAAUUCAACGAUAUCGACUUGGAAGGCGCCUGCGAGUCGUCCAUGGCCUGCUCCACCUGUCACGUGAUCUUGGAAGACCCCGUGUUCGAUGAGCUGGAAGAAGCCUGCGAAGACGAAGAAGACAUGCUGGACAUGGCCUUCGGUCUCACUGAUACGUCCAGAUUAGGUUGUCAAGUGUUCGUCACCGAAGACUUUGAGGGCACCACAGUGUCGCUCCCCAAAGCCACACGUAACUUCUACGUCGACGGCCACGUACCCAAGCCACACUAA